AUGGCAGAACAAUUGAAAUCAGCAAUUGAAGAGUUCAAUGAAUUGCAUCCCAAUUGCACGGGAGUGUUCUGUUUCGACCAGAGUUCCAAUCAUUCCACAAUGCCAAAUAAUGCACUGAAUGCAUUUAAAAUGAACCUUGGACCUGGUGGAAAGCAGAUCAUCUCGCAUGAUACUGGCUAUUAUGAUGCAAAUGGACAGUGGCGAAUUCAGCGUACGGUGGACGGUGACGGUCGUGCUCGUGGUCUUGAGGCAGUAUUGAAGGAGAGGUGUCUUUGGCCAGAGCAAGGAUUGAAAAAGAUGUUCAUCAAACAAUACCUUUUGAAUGCAGCCGAAACUGGCAAAAGUUUGACUCUCCAGAACUUUGUAAAUCAAAACACAACACUCAUUUUGUCUCAAACAAUCCUUGGUGACGAUUUUCAAUCAGACUGGACGACCAGGUUUGCCUUCGUAGCCAAAGAACUGGAUCUGAUUGUUGUCUUGUACACUGCGUCACCAAUCAAGCAACACGUCGAUCCCAUAAUCAAACUGCUAUACCUGAAAAUGAACCCCAACUAUCAGCUGCCGGUCUAUCUGGAUCUGUCCCAAGUGGUUCAGCUACCGGUAAUGGAUCUACCCCACGUGACUCAGCUGCCCCUGCGACAUCACGCAAUUAAUCUACUCCACGUUCUAUACCUGCUAGUUCGUCUUCUCUGUCUGUCAAGCAUCGCCAAUGGGUUCAAAACAUAG